GCCAAUCGCUGUGUCUUGCUUCACUUCCUUCACAAAACUUGAUGGUGGGUUUUCUCCCCCAAGUCAUUAGUGGUGGACUGGUGGGAGGGGAGACCCAAGGAUCGUAAGAUCAAGGUAACGUUUUGUACUGCGAAGAAGACAUCACAAUGGGUUUCUCCAGAGACAACGUUUGUGGGAUUGGGUUGGCUCUGCUCUCAAGUGCUUUCAUAGGGGCCAGCUUCAUCAUCAAGAAGAAAGGACUCAGAAGAGCAGCUGCUGUUUCUGGUGUCAGAGCCGUAAUCAGUAUUUGGUUUUGCUGGUUGGUGGUAGGUGUUGGUGGCUACUCGUAUCUAUUGGAACCUCUCUGGUGGUUUGGAAUGGUCACAAUGAUUGUUGGAGAGAUUGCAAACUUCGUGGCAUAUGCAUUUGCCCCUGCUGUUCUUGUGACCCCUCUUGGCGCACUGAGUAUCAUUGUCAGUGCUAUAUUGGCUCAUAUUGUCUUGAAAGAAAAGUUGCAUCUGCUAGGAAUCUUGGGCUGUGUUAUGUGCAUUGCCGGUUCUGUCAUAAUCGUGAUCCAUGCACCACAGGAGCGCCCUAUCUCUUCUGUCAAGGAAGUCUGGUACAUGGCAACGCAGACAGCCUUUUUGGCCUAUGUGGGAUCGGUACUCAUUUUGGUGUUUAUUCUCGUCUUCUAUCUUGCACCUGAAUAUGCUCAUACCAAUGUACUUAUUUACACUGGAAUUUGUUCACUGAUGGGUUCUCUCUCGGUCAUGAGUGUCAAAGCCCUUGGAACUUCACUGAAACUAACUUUUGAGGGAAAGAACCAGUUGAUCUACCCCGAAACCUGGUUUUUCAUGUUUGUUGUGGCGGUCUGUGUGGUUACCCAGAUGAAUUAUCUCAACAAGGCCCUUGAUACAUUCAACACUGCCGUUGUCUCUCCUAUAUACUAUGUUAUGUUCACAUCACUUACAAUUGUUGCCAGUGUUAUUAUGUUUAAGGAUUGGGAUGGCCAGAACGUGGGAAACAUUGCAUCAGCAAUAUGUGGUUUUGUGGUUGUGCUCUCUGGUACCAUCUUGUUGCAUGUAACUAAAGACAUGGAGAGAAGUUCGUCUGUUAGAGGUAGUUAUACUUCUUUAUCCCCGUCAUUGUUGGCCCAACUAUGUAGUGCAAAUGGGGAACCAUCGAAACAUGAAGACGAGGGUAGUGAGGCAUGAUUCAGCCCAGUGGAAGUCGCCUCAAGAAGACGAGAGCUUUACACAUGACAUAAUCACCCGAAAGCUAGCCUAUUUGAUUAAGACUUUUUUGUUAGCAAAGGAGUUAUCUCUCGAGAUUAUUUUGUACGCGAUAAGGCAAUAAUGUGACUUCUUGGAAGGUGUUUCUGAAGCAUUCGUGUUUCACAACUAUGGUUCAGCCGCCUGUUUGUGGCUUCACCUUUGCGUUCUGAAUGGUCAAAAAAUCGGAAGAAAUUCAUCGGGUAGCUGCUUCAACUUGGCAUGUACAGUUUUUCCGUGUUCUAGGCAUGAUAUAUACAGUGUGGAAUUAGAUACAUAUUCCGAUAUUCGUUCAAUAUCUUGUGAUUAUAUUUUGGAGAAAGGGAUUACAAAGAUCUGAGCUGAAGCAUACAUGUUGCUGCAUGGCCAAAUUUAUAGAGGUUGGAAGUUCAUUCAUUGAAUGGCUUAUGGCCAUGAAAAUAAAGUGCAGUAUCCAUUGUUAUCGUUGCUGGAUUUAUCCCUUUGUCUGGGGUGUGGUUCAGGAAACUGGUUGGUACAAUUUGUUGUAUAGUUAAAGUAUAUAGAAUUUAUCUGUUUAUAGAUUUGCUGCUUGUGUGUUUUGUACAUGCUAAUUGAAACAUUAUACUUCAAUUUUCAUAUAGAACAUUUACAUA